UGCAGAAUAUCCAUGAGCAGCAGUCCACCGAGCCCAUCUCCAGCCCGAUGGUUCAAAGCGCUGCGCAGGACCAGGCUGGGGGAGCCGUGUUUGAAGACGUACCCAUUGGAGUGUGUGGAUCUACUGAGGAGGGCCAGAGUUGCCUUUCAAGCUGGCCGCACCCUCAAGGAGAACUUCAGACUGGCUCAGCUGGAGGCUAUGGUGCGGAUGCUGGAGGAGCAUGAGUGUGACUUUGUGGAUGCUCUUGGAAGGGACCUUCACAAACCAAGGUUUGAGACAGUUGUGUCAGAACUGAUGCUUGUGAAGAAUGAAGCACUUCAUGCCAUCAACAAUCUGAAGAAGUGGAUGCAGCCGCAGCAUGUAGAAAGAAACCUGUCCACCACAUUGGACGAGUGUCUGGUGCUCAGUGAGCCGCUGGGGGUGGUGUUUAUCAUGGGGACCUGGUGUAGUCCUGUUCAAAUGUGUCUGGUGCCGCUGGUAGGGGCCAUCGCAGCAGGAAACUGUGCCAUCAUCAGUCCGUCUGAGUGCACCGCUCACGCAUCAGAGCUCCUCCAUCGUCUCAUUCCUUUUUACUUGGACAAUGAAUGCUUCCAUGUGAUUCUUGCAGGCAUAAAUGACUUGCCUGAAGUUGUGGAGCUCAAAUUUGAUCAUGUCCUCUUCACAGGAAACAGAGGGGAGGGAAGCAGAAUUGCUCAGGCUGCAGCUCGCACUCUUACACCUGUCACCCUGAUUUUGGGAGGCAAGAAUCCAUGUUACGUGGACCAACACUGUGACAUUGCCACCACCGCACAGCGCGUUGCUUGGGCUCGUUUCCACAAUGCCGGACAGAGCUUGGUGGCUCCAGAUUACAUCCUGUGCCACGCGGAUGUCAAAGAACGGCUCGUGCAGGCACUGAAAUGCUGCUUGAUGCAAUUCUACGGUUCUGAUCCCCGAGAAUCCCGCAGCCUCGGCCGCAUGGUCAAUCUGGAGAUCUUUAACCGCGCGAGAGACAUGCUGUGGAGAUCUGGCAAGGUGGCUGUGGGUGGGCAGGUGAUAGAAGCAGAGAAAUAUAUUGCUCCAACAAUUUUGACAGAGGUGGCAGAAUCAGACCCCAUUAUGCAACAGGACGUUUUUGGCCCAAUUCUCCCGGUUCUGACUGUGAACAAUGUGGAUGAGGCAAUAGCCUUCAUUAAUAAGCAAGAGAAACCCCUCUGUGUGUAUGCAUAUUCCAGCAACAGUAAGGUUAUUUCAAGACUAAUGAGUGAAACGUCUAGUGGAAGCUUUUGUUCUAAUGACAGCGUCCUGCAGAGUUUGAUGGUGGCUCUGCCUUUCGGUGGAGUAGGUGCCAGUGGAACCGGUUCUUACCACGGCCGCUACAGCUUUGAUACCUUCUCUCACAGGAAAUCCUGCCUGCUAAGAGGCACACGGUUCGACUGUGUAACCUAUCUGCGUUAUCCGCCCUAUGAGGACCGCAAUCUGUCUCUAAUGACAUGGGCCAGUACCCUGUCCCAGAAGAGCCAGGGCUGGUGCCAGAUCCUGUGACUGUGUGGGAGGGUGGUAGCAGAGCCAUGUUGGAAGACAAGCAAGUGCCCCCUAGGUUGCGAACAGUCUUUACAUGCAAAUGUAUUGCUAGUGCAUUGAAAAAGAGAUGAGAGCAGAAUCUACGGCCAUGUCUAACAGAGGAUAUCCAUAGUAGUUUAAUCUUAGUGUGGUAUGACUAUGUGGGACCAACAACAUCGAGGGUUAAUCUCAAUUAUUUAAUGUUUGUGUACAUCAUCUCAACUGAAUGUACAUUGAAACAUUAUCUGUGCAAAAUGAAAUGACUGGAUACCAGUAUUUUGGAUGCAC